AUGCCGCAGAUUCUGCGCUCCCUCGACGAUGACCUUCUGUGGGACCCCGCGUAUACACUGUAUGAGUAUGGCAGACGUUUCACUUAUGAUCUGCAUGGCAAAAAGGUUAAUUUAGCCGCUCGGUUUCUCCAGAAUCCUGCCAGAUAUGUUGAGUACAUCGUCAGAGAACACGAGAUCUUAUUAAUAGUUGUUGGAAUUGUCAUCAUUACGCUUAUUAUUGGAUUUAUUUACUUAAAGGGGUUUCUGUGGUCAAAAUUCAAAUUGUGCUGCAGGUUCUGUCGCUUCCGUAGGCGAAUCAAAAAUAUGGCGAAGCUAAAAGCACAGGCCGCAGAGUUAGCCGAAGUUGACAGCGAUAAAUUUGCAGCUGAGAUCUACCGACACAUCCUGGAUUACAAGGGUGUCGCCACCACAGACGGAGAGACAGACAUGGUAGAAUUUGAAUCGGCGCGAUUUGUACACGAAGCAAUCAAACAGACAGGGUUGGCCUAUGAAAGUUUGAUCACUAAAUUUGGCCGGCCGACGCAGUAUAUGCUGCUAAUACCGCCACCGGAUGACGCUGAGGAGGAGGAAGAAGAAGAAGCAGAGGACGAAGAAGAAGAAGCUGCCGACGCAGAAGAAGCGCCAAAUUACAUGGACGUGAUGGAGACCUGA